CGGUGCACGGUGCGUGGAUCGCGUUGCGAGCCACGUGACCGCCGGCACAUGGAGGCCACCGCGGUGACAUCACGUCGCGUGACCCGUCUGUGACGUCACCGUCUCGCGAGGCACGUGUAGCAGGGCGUGCAGCUCACGGCCGCGGAGAGUGCUUUCGACUUUCAGACCGAGAACAGCAUAGUGCGGCUCGCUCGCUCUCCGCCCGCCCACCCGCUUUCGUUACGCGCGUGCUUUUUUCAGCCGAACUUCAUCGGCCCCCGCGAGUGCAGACCGCAGCAGCCGACAGUGCAGAAUAAAUGAGUGCCGACAGCCGGCCGAAGCAGUAUGGAUAGGAAGGGCUUCUGGGAGCAGGAGCAGCAGCACCCGCCAGCUGCCCGCAUCGCCGCAGCAGCCAACAACAACCUCUCGCUGGCCCCCGCCGCCACCGCGGCCCGACAGACCGGCAGCCCCCAAAUCAAGUUCGAGGCAGGGUCGACUGGCUCAGGAAUAGAGGCAAUCAGCGGAAGCGCCUCUGGCAAGCACCUGAUCUGCAACGACGACCAACAGAGUAUUUUUCGCUACUGUGAAGGAAACUUGAAUUUCGCAACUGUUUCUGCGGGUGACGACGACGAACUCAACUAUCAAAAGAAGAAGGCGUUGUCCAGGGACCCAAUGUCGCACAGAAUUAUAGAAAAGCGGCGGCGCGACCGCAUGAACAACUGUCUGGCCGACUUGUCGCGCCUCAUCCCAGCAGAGUACCUGAAGAAGGGCCGCGGAAGGGUCGAGAAGACCGAGAUAAUUGAAAUGGCCAUAAAGCACAUGAAGUACUUGCAGGCGCACGCAUGCAACCAUGCGGGACAAGAAUCAUGUGAGCACGCGGGACAGGAAACACAAGCACAAGGGCAGCUGGACGCGACGCCGGCAGCUGAGCACUACCGGCUGGGCUACCAGGAGUGCCUGACCGAAACCAUGCAUUUCCUUGUCGAGAUCGAUGGCUACUACUCGCACGACGCGCUCUGCGAGCAGCUUCUGAACCACCUUCAGAAGCACUGCGAGAAAAUUGUCAAAGGAGAUCGACUAAACUUCUCGCGGCCGAUGCGCAGCGAGACGUCGUCAAGCAGCUCGCGCUGCUAUUCAGGAUACAGUGGCGGGCCCAGCUCGACCAGCUCGGGCUCGGACAGCGGCGGAAACGGACACAGCUCCAGCAGCAAGGAAAACGUCGCCUGCAAUUCAGAAUGGAGGCGGCAGAGUGACAUGGAGGAGAUGGCGUCACCAGUGCUGAUGCAAACCGGACUGGUGCUGCCCCCGCCGCCACCCUUAGCCACCUCUGAGCAGGCAGACAGCCCGUCGCAGAUGAGCGACGCAGGCAGCGAUGCGGCCACUAAUUGCAGCAGCAGCAGUCAGCUGCGCGAGAUGCUGACGGGCGCCGCGUCGGCCGGCGCCGUGCCCAGCGGCCACCAGCGGCGGCAUUCGGAGUCGGCGGCGCGGGUGGCCGACUCAGUGGCCGCCGGCCUCUACAAGUUCAAAAACAACAUCAAGCAGCGCUUCACGGCCGAGCACCACCACGACGAGUGCAAACGGCGCCGCCUGCUAUCCGCCGGCGCCGACGGCGGCAUCCCUUCCGGCGCACCCGCUUCCGUUGUGGUCAAGCUGCGCGGUGGCGGUGGAGGUGGAGACUCUGGCGUCGACUCGCCACCAACCAACCUGAUCGUGAAGCAGCAGUCACCGUCGCCGAUGGACGCGUCAACGCCUCCGGAGGCGGCGACGCCGCCGGUGCCGUUCGGCGUGCCGGUGUUCGCGCUGCACUCGAAAGGCGCCUUCUACAUCCCGCUGACCGUAGACAAUGAGCUGCUGGCGCCCUACAUGUCAGGCUUCAGCGAAAACGGACACGUGCUGCACCCGGUGACCAUCUCGGUCAACUUCUGCGGGCUGGCGGCGGCGCCGCAGCAGCAGGCGGCGCCGAUGGUGCCGUGGCGCGGCGAGCCGGCCGGCUUCAUGCCCAAAUGGUCCGUGUGCGACCGCACCUGACGCUCCUCCCGACUGUUCUCAGCGCGCCGCUACCGCGAUGAGAACGCCUCAAACAUUGGCUGUGAUUGCGAGUGAAAAGUAAAUCUGCUGAGCAAAAUUUACCAAACUUUGGUAUUCGUGGCCCUUUCUUACAGUUAUUUUUUUCUACGUUGUAAGUGUUAUGUUUUGCUUUCCCACGCCAUGCUCCAGUAUCGGAACUGUUGUCUAUAUAGACACACGAGAAAUGAACAAAGUUGAGUGGAAAGCACGCAUCCUUAUAUAUUUUACGUUUUGCGACGUGGAGAAAUAUAUACAAGUGCAUCUUUUUGGCAUUGCCAAAACGGCGCUGCACGAGAGGACGAACUGCAAACGCGUUGUUCCCUCUCCAAGUGUGAGCUUAUCUUUUUAUUAAAACGCUAUACACACGCAGAGUCGUGGAUAUUUCUGUAAAAGAUGUGUUCAGUUAUACAUUUAUCAAUAAAAAGGUUAUAACGUGACGCAUAA